GGAGGCCCAACAUUGCACGCUACAAACAGCAUUCCACAAUGCACGUCAACUUGUCCAAGAUCCAUCAAACCUCUUGUGAGGGCUAUGUGACAAAGAGAGGGCAUUUGAUGAAAUCGUGGAAGCGGAGGUAUAUGGUCCUGAACGGCGACACCUUGUUGGUGUCGUACUACGACAGCAAGGAAAUCUACACGUCGAAAGGCCAUCCAAAGGGGUCGUUUGUCCUGUCAGAAUGCGAGAAACAAGACCUUAGCGACGAGGGGGCGAGUGUCAAGCCGUUCGGGUUCAAGUUCAUCGGACAUUGCCCUGGACAGGGAUACAAGGAGUACAGUGUGUAUGUCGAGUCUCAAAUCGACCAAACCAAGUGGCUCAACGUGGCACACAAUGCCUUGGGCAAAAAUUCGUCGCCCCAGAAGUCGAUGAGUCAGCGAAUAGAAGAAAUCACAGGUCCACUUCUUCCCUGUGCAUCUGUACAACUCAACUGUCCACGACGAGAUAUGAUACAUAUCACGACAUUAGGCCACAAAGAGUCGGCCGGACUCAUGCAGUCGCUGGAAGCGCAAAUGAAAAACGUCAAGAAAACGUCCCAGGAACUUCUCCAACAAGCGAUCAACGAUGCGAAGGAAGCGGACCGCAUUGGCGAUGCCACGGUCAACGAAAUGGUGUAUCAAGAAGAUGUGUUGAACGACGCGGAAGGCACGGUGGACACCAUGGGUCGGCAGAUGGACCAUGCCGAGGACUUGGGCAGGAGCUUGAAGCACCCGAUCUUGUACAAGCUCACGCACUUAUUCACCCGCAAAAAGUCCUACAAGAAGGGCGGGCGAGGCUCCAAGACAAGAAAAGGGGGAGCCAAGGCCUCUCGCAGCAGUCGCGUGUCCAGAGUCAAGUUGCAACCGCCGCAGCAACAGCAUGCCGCGGCCCAGCCAGAGGACGAUCAGCUGGACCAACUGUCCAAGAUCCUCGCCAAGCUAGGUCAGACGGCCGACACCAUCAGCGACAUCACGGCGCGCACGACCGAGCAAGUGGACCGCAUUGACCAAAAAGUCACUAGUGUCGACGAUCGCGUGAAGAAGGAGGCCAAGCUGGUGCAGGCGGUGCUCAAAGCGGAAAUGACGUAAUUGGAACUUGCUUAUACUACUUUCGGUCCAUAAAGUGCUGUCGGCGAAUCAACUUGACGUGUCGCUCCAUCAUUGCGUUGACAUCGGUCGUCUUGAUCGUGCGGUUUCCACCGUCGUCGAGGCUUUGCGAGUCCAGGCGUUUGCCGUCCUUGUAAAUGAAGCGCUGGGGACCAGAUUCUAUAGAUCCACGUGAACACCAUGGAUGCACAAGGCAAGAACCACGUACGUGGCGUGCG